ACAUGGUACAGGCAGCAUAAGACGUGUUAUGAUGGGCUAAACUUAGAUCAGACAGACAGUGAGAUGAAUCCUAUCAGGCAAAGUUUUAUGAUACUCUUUGAGUGGGUGAGCUUAUGGCUGAAAUAUGUUCUUACAAGAGUUUGGGGAGCUUUUCCAGUAGUCAAAAAUCGGGUAGCAUCUCCAGGUAUCUCAGAUAGAGGAUCAUGCAAAGCAGACUCAGAUGAGUGGAAAACCAAUGAGGCACUUCGCACAUAUCAACUUCGCACAGAUGAAGAUGAAACCACAGUUACAGUCCAAACCAGCACAUGUGCAUUCCAUGUGGACCUUGGGAGGCUCUCAGAGUGCAGCGAGUAUUUCCGAGCCUUGUCCCAGUCCAGGAUGAAAGAGACCUCAGAGAGCCUCAUCUACCUGGACCAUGUGUCCUCCUCUGUCUUCCACAAUCUCCUCGAGUUCUCCUUCCAUAAUAAGUUUAAUGUCCCUCGGCAGGAGUUGGGAACACACAUCCAGGUCAGCAGCUAUCUACUGGCUGAGGCCUUCCUCUCAAAGUGCCUGUCAGUCCUGUCAGAUGAGCUGAGCCCAGGUAACUGCUUGUCUUACCUGAGUCUGGCUCAAGAGAUCUGCUGUGUGGAGCUAAAGAUGACAGUGUUCACCUACCUGAGUAGAAACCUGCUGGAGCUGCCUCACCUCAUCAAGUGUCUGAAAGAUGCAGAUAAGGAUGAAGUCGUCCACCUGAGGGUACAAGGAGACCGACGUAUCUGCAGCCUGAGGAAAGAAAACCUGACUUCCUGGAACGACCCAGAAACAGAGCAUGCCCGGCAUAUCUUCACCCUGAAAGGGUCAGAGCACAGCGGAGAUUGGCUUCCAGUUACAGAGCUCCCUUUCAGGGCUGAUAAGUGGUGCUUCACUACAGUGGUCCUGUAUAACUACCUGUAUAUAAUAGGAGGCUACCGACAACCUGUGAGGAGAGGCUGGGAGUUCAAGAUGGCCUCCUCAAGGUAUAAUCCCUUUACUCAUACGUGGGCCGCCACAGCUCCUCUGAUCAAGCACAGAAGGCACUUCAGUGCAGUGGCCUGUGAAGGCUGUAUUUACGCUGUGGGAGGAUGGUACUUGGACUCACUGGUGACCCCAGACUCCAGCACGGCCCUUUACACAGCUGUAGAACGUUAUGACCCAUGGGAGGACACGUGGAGGUUUGUCUCUUCACUGCCACUCACUGACUUCCAGUUCACCAUGUCCUUAUCCCAUGAUGUGCCCCUUGCAACUAGCCUUGGCCACUGUCUCUAUGUGUUGGGGAGCAUCCAGAGGACUGGAGAGAAACUACUGCUGCAAUACAACACAAGGCAAGACUCCUGGUCUGAGCUGCUUCCCACCCUCACCAGAGCAGAUGCAGACCUCCCUACUCUUUACUUCCUUGGUGCAACUGAUAAGCUGCUUGUUAUUGGUGGGAACAACUCAGAAAAUGUGGUGACAUCAUUCUGUGUGCAGUCACAGAGAUGGGGAAAGGUGCACAGGGCUGAGAAAGUGGCAUUUGCAGGACAGGGGACAGUUGUAGGUGACCAGGUCCUGAUGCCAAGUAUAGAGCACAACACUAUUGCAAGAAUGAAUCUCCAAACUUUCUCCCUCAGGGUUCUUCCUCCUCUACCCAUCUCCACCUGCUAUGAAGCUGUGUUUUAUCUUCACUUUUAAUGUUAUAUUUAGCUACUUUUUAUUACUUAGUGCUUUUGUGGCUGAGUGUUUCAGUGCUUACAUCUUUCUUCAUCUUCCCUUUUAAUGAUAUAGUUAGCUUCUUUUUACUACUUAAUGUUUUCACAGCUGAGUGUUUUAGUGCCAGCAUCUUUCCCAAACAAAGAGAUAAGCUCCUGAGGCGGAUUAUCGCUAUUAUCUCUUGUGUUAAAGUCUCAGUCCUUUGAAUGAAUGAAUGAAUGAAUUUUUAGUUCAAUCGUAAAAAUAAAGAGCGAAGCAAAACAAAACAGACAAACAAUAGCAAACAAGCCUUACAUCCAGUUGCAAUGGACAAAAACAACAUUUAGCUGGUUUAGAGUGGCAAGGCGUAGUAGGAGAGUGAUGUUCCCAUUAAAGAACAUGGAUACAGAUGUCCUGUUGAAGGUUGAUUUAUUUGGCUGUGACCUGUAAUAGCAAUACAAAUAACAAUCAGUACAGCAAACACCAUACAUAAUACGCAACAUAAUAAGAUAACUAAUGUAACAAAGGACUGUAUUCAUUACUCAAAUAUGUGGAUCAUAUAACUUAAACAAAUCACCUCACACGAGGCAUACAGGCAGCAUGAAUUAGCUUAUUAGCUUUGACCAUGCACCAGCAUAAGAUAACAUUUGCUUAUAUGCAAAGCUAAACAAAUACACAUUAACACAAUGUUAGCAUUCAACUUCUACAGUAUAAUGUCAUGAGACUCACCUUCUGGCAUUUACACACAACAAUAAACCAGCAGGGUACAAGCAAAUGACGGUAAAGGCAAAGGAAAACUAUCAUGUAUCCACUGUUGUUUUAGGAAGGAAACUACAGGGCAAACUAAACUUCAGGGCACUGCAUUUCACACACAGGUGUGGUGCACUUAAUAGCGUCAGAGCAACUGUGGUGCGUUCAUGAGCAUGGGGCAUGGGAAAACAUA